CGAUAAAAUGUAAUACAGAUUCUUAAGAAUCACAAGAUAUGAAUAUUCCUAUGACAGAUUUCAAUCAUUUUUAUAGUCACGGAGCUUUCCAAUUUUUUUUUCUUUAUAAAUGGUUUAAUUAAUUCUAACAAUAAAUAUAAAAUGUUUAUAUCAUUUCAAAAAAUCUACAGUGGCUCCAUCAUUUGUUUUUGAGUGGCAAAUGUCAUGAUGGCUUUCUUAUAUCUAUUCGACUAUUGAGCAUUUUGAAUCGAAACAAACUUUUAAAAAAGGUCCUGUGAUAAGUGUUAAUUUGAUUAAUAAGGAUUUAUUAAACAAUUCAAUCAAAUAUGGAGAACGAAAAGAGUACUAUGCUUGCUGUUUUACAACUUCUUAGGAAAUAUAAUUUAAAGGGAACUGAAGAAUUAUUCAGGAAAGAAGCUAAUCUUACAGAUGUAUCCACAGAUGAAACUCAACAAACAGAUUCAGAAGUAAGCAGUGUUCUGUCAGCUUAUAAAAGUGAAGGUGAUCCUGCUUUAUACGAAAAGGCAUAUAGUGAAUUAAAGAAAUUUGUAGAAAGUUCUUUAGACAUAUACAAGCAUGAGUUAGGUACGAUAUUAUAUCCAGUAUUGGUACAUAUGUAUCUAGAACUAGUAUACAAUAAUCAUUCGGAAGAAGCAAAACAAUUAAUAGAAAAAUUUGGAGGAAAUUUAGAAGAAUAUUAUCAAUCUGAUUUAAAAAAACUUUCAAAUGUCACAAGACGUGAACAAAUGGCGGGGAAUGAAUUGACAGACACAUUUAAAUCCAAUCAAUUUAUUAUAAGAAUGUCAAGAGAUACUUUAUCGAUAUUAAAACGACAUUUGCAAGAAAAAAAACAUAGUGUAUUGUUGAAUAUUAUACAAGAACAUUUAUAUUUUGAUAUGUAUGAAGGAGUUGCUCGUAAUAAACAACAAAUUGAAGCCACUUCUGGUGCUGUGGUGGGCGAAGCAACAAGACAAGAUAAUAAAGCAAAGGUUUAUUAUGGUCUUCUAAAGGAACCAGAUAUUCAAUGUGUUCCGCCAGCUGAAGAAGAGGAGGAUGAUGUAGCUGGUGCAGAUGGUGAUAAACCAAAAAAAAAGAAGGCUAAAAAAGAUCCAUUGUUUUCAAAGAAAACAAAAUCAGAUCCAAAUGCACCACCUGUAGGCAGAAUGCCAUUACCAAACUUAAAGGAUGUAGAUAAGUUAGAAAAGGUUAAAGCAUUGAGAGAAGCAUCUAAGAGAGUUGUUCUUGGUCCUGACACAUUACCUUCUAUUUGUUUUUACACAUUACUUAAUACUGUACAUAGUGUAACUGCAGCAGAAGUAGCAGAAGAUUCGAGCUUAUUAGCUGUUGGGUUUAGUGAUUCUGCCAUUAAAGUAUGGAGUUUAGUUCCGCAAAAAUUAAGACUGAUGAAAUCUGGUGAACAAUUGCAAGAUAUUGAUAGAGAAGCAGAUGAUGUAUUAGUCAGAAUGAUGGAUGAUAGGACAGCAGAAACAUCAAGAUCAUUAUAUGGACAUAAUGGACCAAUAUAUAAUCUUUCUUUUAGCCCAGAUAGGAAUCUUUUACUUUCAUGUUCUGAAGAUGCUACAGUAAGAUUAUGGUCACUUCAUACGUGGACAUGCGUAGUUUGUUACAAAGGUCAUUUAUUUCCAGUAUGGUGUAUAAGAUUUUCACCUCAUGGUUAUUAUUUUGCAACAGCCUCUCAUGAUAAAACAGCUAGACUUUGGGUGACCGAUUGUCACCAACCUCUUAGAAUAUUUGCUGGUCAUUACUCUGAUGUUGAUGUAGUACAAUUUCAUCCUAAUUCAAAUUACAUUGCAACCGGUUCUAGCGAUAUGACCGUGAGAUUAUGGGAUUGCGUAACCGGUAGUCAAGUAAGAUUAAUGACAGGUCAUAAAGGUCCAAUAUAUUCUCUUGCGUUUUCGGCUGAAGGUCGAUUCUUAGCUUCAGCUGGUGCUGAUUGUCGCGUGCUUGUGUGGGAUUUGGCACAUGGUCAUCUUGUGGCUGCUUUAUCUAGUCAUACAAGUACCAUACACUGUUUAUCCUUCAGUAGAGAUGGAAAUAUAUUAGUUUCAGGAUCGUUAGAUUGUACUAUUAUAUUAUGGGAUUUUACAAAGUUAGCAGAAGAAAUGAGUUUGGAGGAUGUUAAUGUUUCGCAUAAUCCUGAUGUAAAGACCAACGCUGAAACAUAUUUAUUGCGAACGUUUCCAACGAAAAAUUCUCCAGUUUUGACCUUACAUUUUUCUCGAAGAAAUUUACUUUUAGGAGUUGGAAUGUACGAUUCUAUGUGACCCCUUUUGACAUCCUCUCCUAUCCUUGUUCAUUCAAUGUAUUAAAUCUAAAUGCACAAAUGCAUCAUCAUUGUAAUAUAACAAUCAUCGUUAAUAAAAUUUUCUACCUUU